AUCGUGCCCACCUUCUCUAUCCACCCGACUGAACCCCCCCCCCCUCUCCGAGAACCUCCGGAUUAAAGUUUCUCCAGAAGCUUAGGGUUAGGGUAACAAUACCACCCUUGUACAGGGUUCGAAUAUCAUACCAUACGGUAGGCAAAAAGAAUCGAUUCCGACAGCACCCCGCAGAUCCAAACCCGGCCCCCACCAAACAGAAUAAACUCAAAACAAAACAACACAAAACCGAGCCAGAUCAAGCCAAGACCAAGACGAGAACAAAGACCCGGGGCCGCCAGGACCAAAGACGCCCACCCCAAAAUGCCUCGCACAAGGCCAAACAUCAUAAUCACCGGCACCCCCGGCGUCGGUACGUUGCAGCGAGCUUACAGCACAUCUCGCAUCUGACAUUCCUUACCACUCACUAUCCCUCCCUCCCCUCCCCGUCCAGUUCUAUUAACAGAUGCGGGGGGGGGAAACCUCCGUUUCCACCGCCGUCCACCCAAUUUUCUGAGAAACCAUUCCUAACGCUGUCUCAAUCCAACCCAGGUAAAUCUUGCCACUGUGAGCUCCUGGUGCAAACCACAGAACUGGGCCUCAGACACCUCUCCAUCAACAAUAUUGUCAAGGAGCGUAACUGCUAUGAUGGUUAUGACGACGAACUAAAAAGCCACAUCGUCGACGAAGAUAAGGUUUGUUUUUCUGGCUUGUCUUUUUUUUCCCUUCCCCCUUUUUUUUUCUUUUUCGUUCGUUCCAGAUAUCCGUGCUCUCCCGAUGCUAAAGAUAAUGGGGGGCCCGGUUGGCUGUUCAGCUUCUGGACGAAAUCGAGAACGAGGCCAAGGAGGGCGGAUGCAUCAUUGAUUGGCACGUAUGUGAUUUGUUCCCGGAGAGCUGGAUAGAUCUUGUCGUUGUGCUACGUGCGGAUUCGACUAUUCUAUAUGACCGAUUGGAGAAACGGUGGGUGUCUCUCUCACCUCUCACUUUCGGUACUGGUGGUUUACUGCUAGUAGCUGAUUGGCUGCAUGCUGACGUAUUAUAUCUUUGGGACGCAGGAACUAUCCGGGUUUGUAACCCUGCAAAAAAUAGACUUCUUGCCCCGAUCUAUUACACCCGAGGGGUUUUGUCCGAACGGUGGCUGAUGGCUUCUGCAGACAAGAAACUCCAAGAGAAUCUCGAUGCCGAGAUCAUGCAGGUCAUCCUCGAAGAGGCCAGGGAGGCAUACGACGAGGAAACUGUAAUUGAGCUACGGAGCGAUACCACAGAGGAGAUUGACAGCAACGUCGACAGGAUAUCCGCAUGGGCAAGGCAUUGGAUAGAAAACAAUCCGGAGGGCGUGUGAAAGUCGCUCAAGGGUGCCCAAUCUGGUAUCAUAUAUCAAUCUC